GAUACCUCAUUCGAUCCAACGACAAGGCGUGAAAAUCCCAGAUGGCAAUCGAUGUACAAGCACACAAGGGAAGAAACAGGGAAUAAGAUGGGCUAAAACGCAAAGCAAAACGACGUAGAAGCUUCAAUUCUUGAGGCAGCAUUUGUCUUUCUUUUAAAGGGUGUGUAAACAGCCCAAAAUCUGGCAACCGUGGAGGGAUUGAGGGCGCGUUCAUCGUUGAAGCAAGCAAUCUCCGAUACCAACAACGACGACGAGGUGUGCAGGCCUUGGCGUCGUAGGUUGUCCAUGGCUUUUACCUGGGGCUCAGCUCUCAGAAUCAGUCUCCUUGUCCUCCUCCUUGCCGCGGUUAUAUUUGCCUGUUUCACUCUGCCUGUCGAGAAGAUUUUGAAGGAUUUUUUGUUAUGGGUUAAGACGGAUCUUGGACCUUGGGGUCCACUGGUGCUGGCCAUUGCUUAUAUUCCAUUAACGGUCUUGGCAGUUCCAGCUUCAGUUCUUACUCUUGGUGGUGGCUAUCUUUUUGGGUUGCCUGUGGGUUUUGUUGCUGAUUCUAUUGGUGCCACCAUUGGGGCAGGAGCUGCAUUCCUUCUUGGUAGAACAAUUGGGAGAUCAUUUGUUGUUUCCAAGUUGAAGGAUUAUCCUCAGUUCCGGUCAGUUGCAAUUGCCAUUCAGAAAUCUGGUUUCAAGAUUGUUUUGCUGCUUCGGCUUGUACCCUUACUCCCAUUCAACAUGUUGAAUUACCUCCUUUCUGUGACCCCAGUUCCUAUAGGACAAUACAUGCUGGCUUCCUGGCUAGGAAUGAUGCCAAUAACCCUUGCCUUAGUAUAUGUUGGAACAACUCUUAAGGAUCUUUCUGAUGUGACACAUGGGUGGAGUGAAUUCUCGAAGACGCGUUGGGCAUUUCUCAUAUUGGGUCUUGCAGUAUCUGUGAUUUUAAUGGUUUGUGUUACAAAAGUUGCCAAAUCUGCUCUGGAUAAAGCUUUGGCUGAAAAUGAGGAUGUAGAUGUCAUCAUGGGCUCACCACAAUUGCCCAUUGUGGCUGAGCCAGCUUUGGAUCUCAACCAGCCUCUUAUAAUCAAGAUAGACUCUCCGGAAGACACUCAUGAAAAUUGAAUCUCAGAAAUUUUUUGUAAAUUCUUUAGCAACAUUCUUCAAAACCCCUGCAUCUUAUCCUCAUCAUACGUGGUCUGUGCAGUUGCCUGAUUCACAAAUUUAGUUGUGGACAGCAUUAGUUUACUACAGAGAUGAGAAUACAUUUUCUGAGUGUAGCUUAUAAAGAAUUUAAUGAAUUAAUUGCUUUAUU